AUGGCGAGAAAAUAUCCUGCAAAAUUCAAAAACAAUAACCGUAAUUUCAGAAACAAUAACCACAAUUUCAGAAAUAAUAAUAAUAAAGUUGGAUUUAAUAAUCGAGCUGGUUUUAAUAACGGAGCUGGUUUUAAUAAUAAUGAAGCUGGUUUUAAUAACGGAGUCGGAUUAAGAAACGAUAACAACGUAUUGAAACGGUUGCGUAUUAAACUUAUGGAAUCACGGCAACCAGUUUAUGCUGGCCCGUUCAUCACCUAUCUUACGGAUAUCGAACCAUUCGCCGAGGUAGACGAGCAAAAUGAUGCUUUCUUAUAUUUGUGUGGCAUUCUUCAAAGGGUGGGUGAAUGUGUCAAUGAGAACAUGAUCGCACAAAAUAUGCAUAAUGAUUUCUGGACAACUUUACAAAAGAAGAUAACUUGUCAAAGUUGUAAGAGCGAGACUUUGUCGAUAGAAGGGGUUGCUACGAUCUCUACAGCAAUGAAAAAUUCAAUAGAAGAGUGUUUGGAAGAGUAUUGUGGAUCCGCCGCAUUACCUGGUUUCAAGUGUUCGUGCAACAAGUUCACUUGCAACCAAGAACUUACAAUAAAAGAAGAGCCAAAUACUCUUAUAAUACAAUUGAAAAGGUUCGGCUUCUCCAGCUCCACGAACCAAGGAUACAAGAUUUCAAAACGUGUGGAAUUUGGAGAGGUGCUAGACAUUUCGAAAUAUAUUUUGAGGGGUAAAAAUGUUCGUUAUAAUCUUAGCGCUGUCUUGGUUCAUGAAGGUGGUACCCUUCGUAAAGGACAUUAUUAUUCAUAUAUCAAAAAUAGAAACAAUGAAUGGUAUUUAUAUAAUGAUAGAUAUGUUCAACGAGUUUCAAUCAAUUCUGUACUCGAGUGUAAGCCCUACGUCCUAUUUUACACAAAAAUAACACCUACAUUUCCCGCAUCUGCACCAUCAUCAACGUCUAAAAUUAAUGAUAAACGUGAUAGAGACGAAAAGACUGACCUUUAUGAGUCUAACGAAAGGAUUGAAACCAAAUCACCAUCAUCAACGUCUAGCACUAACGAUAAACGUGAUAAAGACGAAAAGAUUGACCUUUAUGAGUCUAACGAGAUGACUAAAACCAAAUCACCAUCACCAACGUCUAAAAUUAACGAUAAACAUGAUAAAGACGAAAAGACCGACCUUUAUGAGUCUAACGAUAUUAUUAAAACCAAAUCACCAUCAUCAACGUCUAAAAUUAACGAUAAACGUGACAAAUAUGAAAAGACAACCCUUUAUGAUUCUAGCAAGAUGAUUAAAACCAAAUCACCAUCACCAACGUCUAAAAUUAACGAUAAACAUGAUAAAGACGAAAAGACUGACCUUUAUGAGUCUAACGAGAUUAUUAAAACCAAAUCACCAUCAUCAACGUUUAACAAUAACGGUAAACGUGAUAGAGACGAAAAGACUGCCCUUUAUGAUUCUAACAAGAUGAUUAAAACCAAAUCACCAUCAUCAACGUCUAAAAUUAACGAUAAACAUGAUAGAGACGAAAAAACUGACCUUUACGAGUCUAACGAGAUGAUUAAAACCAAAUCACCAUCAUCAGCGUCUAAAAUUAACGAUAAACGUUAUAAAUAUGAAAAGACAAACCUUUAUGAUUCUAGCGAGAUGAUUAAAACCAAAUCACCACCAUCAACGUCUAAAAUUAACGAUAAACGUGAUAGAGACGAAAAGACAGCCCUUUACGAUUCUAGCGAGAAUAUUAAAACCAAAUCACCAUCAUCAACGUCUAAAAUCAACGAUAAACGUUAUAAAUAUGAAAAGACUGACCUUUAUGAUUCUAACGAGAUGAUUAAAACCAAAUCACCAUCACCAACGUCUAAAAUUAACGAUAAACGUGAUAAAGACGAAAAAACUGACCUUUACGAGCCUAACGAGAUGACUAAAACCAAAUCACCAUCAUUAACGUCUAAAAUUAACGAUAAACGUGACAAAUAUGAAAAGACAAUCCUUUAUGAUUCUAACGAGAUGAUUAAAACCAAACCACCAUCAUCAGCGUCUAAAAUUAACGAUAAACGUGAUAAAUAUGAAAAGACAAACCUUUAUGAUUCUAACAAGAUGAUUAAAACCAAAUCACCAUCAUCAACGUCUAAAAUUAACGACAAGCGUGAUAGAAACGAAAAGACAAAUUUUUACGAGUCUAACGAGAGGAUUAACGAUAAACGUGAUAAAUAUGAAAAGACAAAUUUUUACGAGUCUAACAAGAGGAUUAAAACCAAAUCACCCUCAUCAACGUUUAACAAUAACGGUAAACGUGAUAGAGACGAAAAGACUGCCCUUUAUGAGUCUAACAAGAGGAUUCAAACCAAAUCACCAUCAUCAACGUCUAACAAUUAUGAUAAACGUGAUAGAGACGAAAAGACUGACCUUUAUGAGUCUAACGAGAGGAUUAAAACCAAAUCACCACCAUCAACGUCUAAAAUUAACGAUAAACGUGAUAAAUAUGAAAAGACAAACUUUUAUGAGUCUAGCAAGAGAAUUAAAAUCAAAUCAACGUUUAACAAUAACGGUAAACGUGAUAGAGACGAAAAGACUGACCUUUAUGAGUUUAACAAGAGGAUUAAAACCAAAUCACCAUCAUCAACGUCUAACAAUUAUGAUAAACGUGAUAGAUAUGCAAAGACAAAUUUUUACGAAUCUAAUGAGAAGAUUAAAACCAAAUCACCAUCAUCGAUGUCUAAACGAUAA